UUUCGUUCAUUUCAUUCCUUGAAAGGUGUUUACUACAUAGCAUUGUGCGUGUAGUAUAUAAAAUUAUUUAAAAAUGAAUUUAAUUUAAAUAUUAUUAAAAUUAGUAUAGAUUUCAUAAAAUAGUUAGAUUCAAGUAAAAUAUCUUGUGUAACGAGGCUGAGUAUAGACACGUUAGUGAUAACAUCUGCGUAUGUUGAGUCGUUCUAAACAGAGUGGCUGUGUAUAUUAUUCGCUAAAUAUUGGAUGGGAUUAAUUAAGUUAUAUCAGUCAAAAUGGCAUUUUAUUCUUGCAAUAGAUACAGAUUAAUAGUUUUGUUACUCUUGGUUUUGAUUAUGUGGCAGUUCUUCAGACUUUUGCCUGAUAAACCUGUUACACAAAUUUCGGAGGCUGGCAUAGUGGAGUUGGAGGAUGACAAAUACAAUAAGCACAAACAAGAUAAAGUAAAAGUGAGGGUUUACUAUGAAGCUCUCUGCCCUGACUCCAAACAUUUCUUUGUGAGACAUUUGGGCCCAGUGACUGAGAAACUGUCCGAAUUCUUAGAUGUAACUCUAGUACCCUACGGCAAAGCUACUACCAAAGAAGAGAAUGGAAAGUAUUUUUUUCAAUGUCAGCAUGGUGAAGAGGAGUGCUAUGCGAAUAGAAUCCAUGCAUGUGCAAUAGAGGCUGUGGCGAACAUGACAACUUCUGUCAAGAUAACAGAAUGCAUGAUCAAUGAUAAUAUGGACGCUGAUGGCGCUCUUGCUAGGUGUGCAAAGGAGAUGAAGAUUGAACCUGAUCCAAUCAGCUACUGUGCAAAGAAUGACCACGGAUUCGCUCUCUUGAAGAAACAUGGUGAUGAUACUCAUAUACUGAAACCUACAUUUAUCCCAACAAUAACACUCAAUGGAUCAAGAGACAACCAACCAAAUAUAUUGAAAAACUUCCUAUUAGAAGUAUGCAAAUUGAUUGAUAUGCCACUACCGCCUCCUUGCUUGUGACAAAAUAAAUUCUAUCGGCCAAACAUGCACAAUAUUCUACAACACUUUGAAUAAGAAAAAUCAUUUUGUCAAUUAAAGCUCAAAUGCAAAUUGCUCAUACUACUUCAUGCGAUUUUUCAUUCUUGACCUUGCAGUUGAAUGCAGUGUAACUAAUUUACAAUUAUGCUUAAAUUGGUCAUACUUUUAUCCAAUUUGUUUUAUAAUUUUGUUAUAAUAUACUGAAUGAAGCAAUUACUGUAUACUUUAAGUAAUACUCUCUAAUCUACUUGGUAUUUUAUUGAUAAAAACUUUACAAUGGGUGUAUUAUGGGAACUAAAAAAGGCUAUUGAAGUAUUAAAAUUUGAAAAAAAUAUAUAUAAGAAAAUGUUGGUGAUAUGUUUUAAAUAUAUUUUUGUUUGGUUUGUAAUUACCUAUGUUAAGUAAGCUUUAAUGGGUUGUGUUUCCUAAACCUAGUGAGUCAAUGAACAAGUUAAUAUUAAUUUAAGCAUUUAAAAUGUUUUAAUCCUGGUUGUUACUGCAUUUAGUGAUAACUAUAUCAAGCUGUUGUAUUUUUGUACCUUUUUAUUUACUUAUUUUUCUACUUACAUUUUAUGAGUUAGUCAGUUGUUAGAAAGUCUUGAUAAUAAACCAGUAACUAUAUUAAUAAUUAAAUAACAUAUUAUGUAAACUUGUGAAAAUAAACUGUCAAACUCAGAGACAUUUAAUGGCUAUAACUAUUCCUUAGUAACGAUUUUGUUUGAUAUACAAUUGCUUAUGACUGGGUUAAGUAAUCAUUUAAUGACUCUGAGUAUGGUGGGUAGUCAGUUGGUAGAAAGUCUUGAUAAUAAACCAGUAUAUAAAUAAUGAAUUACGUAUUAUGUAAACUUGUGAAAAUGAUAUUUGAUGCAUUAGGACUAAGGAUUGUCCACACUGCAAAAGCUGGCAAUAUAAUAUGUAUAAUACUUAAUUGUUUUUAUAAAAAGUUAUGUUGCAAUGAUAAUUUAAUUUGUAAUUAACCAAUUAGUAUUGUCUUUAGUAAACCUAUAUAUGACGUGAUGCUAAUUAAUUUGUAGUAAAUAUUAUAUUAUCAGUAUCAUAGGUUAUGUAAACAUGGUUUGUGUUUUAAAACAUGAAUCAUUUAAACAUGUUUAUUGAUAAACUCACGUAACAUCUGAAUAGUUGGUUAAAUCUGAAUAUUUUUUUACAUGCCUAUAAUGUUAUAUUUAUCUUUUAAUCUUUUGCAAAAGUUAAACAAAUAAUAUUUUUUUCCUUUGUCUUUAUAUUAUAAGUCUGGUAAAGAACUGAAAGCAAAAUUCCAAAAUUAUUAUUUAAAUGUUUGGUAUCUCAAUGGAAAAGACUAUGUAGACGGAAGUAUUAAAGUUUUAUGCAUUACAGUUGUGUCUAUAUUAUACGUAGAUGGACACAAUCGUGUGUGUAAGUAAAUUAUGAGGCUAAUGUAUAAUAAUUUUAUCUGUUGAAUUAACAAUUGUAUAAACUUGAAGAACAUAAUAAUAUGUAUUUCGUGAAACAUAAUGUAUUUGUGUAUGAGAAAUAUAAAGUCGUGUUUUCCAUCCAUGAACAAUGGUUGGUAACACUUUUUAUUUUUUGUUCUUUUUUUAUUAUUUUGCCAAGUAACAUCGAAUUUUUGCCAAAUAUGUGUUAACAAUUUUACGCUAUAUUUUCGAUAAAAACUAAGAUUUAAUUUUAUUGAGCAUUAUACCUUUUUAUUUAAAUGGCGCGUUUAAUAAGUAAAAAAUAAUAAUAUAUGUAAUAAUAAUUACAAUAAUUUAAUCUGUACUUAUAUUAAAAUAAUAGAGUUCCCUAGUUCAAAACUGUAUAUUGUUUUGCUUUAUUUGUUGUUCAUAAGCGCUUAUAAUAUCAAUACCUAUUUUAAUAUCUUUUUUUGUUAAAUUCGUCGUUAGUGCCAAUUAAACUUUGUACUGUUUUGUAAUUGGUAAAAUAUUAGAACUAAGAUUGUUUAAUUUUAAUUAAUAAUAAUAUAGUAAUACAUACUUCAUAGUGUGUAAUAUUCGUAGGUAUGUGUUAUUGGUUGUAGUAACUAAAACGUAAAAUUGACCGAACUAUAUUCAUUUACAUUACUUAUCAUUAAGACAUUACAUUGUACUGUUGAAUAACAUAAAUACGUAUAUCGUUAAUAAAUUAAAUGUAUGAAAUAAAGGUCUUGAUAACUCGAUAAUCGACUUAUCUUUGAAAGAUAUAAAUCAAAUAAUGUAUUAAUGAAAUACUAAGGUAUAUCUACGUAAUGUCACUUUGUCUUAUAAUUAUUUAAUAUUUUUAGUUGGCCAUUGCCCUGCAGAGGUAUGAUGGCUAAAAAAAUAUUAUUUGGUUUCUAUGCAUCAAAUAUCCAUUCGUACAGAAUCCGUGUUUCAGCAAUUUUAAAUUAAACGAUCGUAUUUAUUGAUAAAAAUAACAAUAGUUGUAGUAAUUGUGUGGUCUCGCCCCUAUAAUAAAUACUUAUACAUCUAUAAUAGUAAACAUAUAAUACCCGUGUAUUCAUGUACCUACCCAAAGUUGUAUGUGUAAAGAAAUAAAUAAAAAUGUGCAUUUACUUAUCUUGCCGUCAACUUUCCAAUAGCGGUUGUUAAUUAACGUAUAUAGUUAUCUAAUUUUUAUAUUUUCUUUUUGAUGAAACGGGUACCAAUUAGGACCAGUGUGAUGUCAUGUGAAUUAUUACUUAUAUAAAAUUAAAAUGCACUGA